GAGCUAACCUGCACCUGCAGGAGGAGUAUGCCUCCGUCCUCCUCCUCCCCUGAUGGAUGGACCUCCGUCUCCAGUGGAGGCGAACUCGGAGUGGAGGAAGGAACUUUUACGCAGCGGCGCUUUGGACAUGAUCUGACUGACGUCUGAGGACCUUUUGUAGUCUGAAAGCGGCGUUCUAUAGCUGACAUGGACAGUCCGGCCUUAUCCUUAGAUGCGCACCACUGGGUGGUGUGCGUCGGAUGCCAGCGGAGGAUCACAGACAGGUUCCUGCUCCGGGUGGCGGACGGCCUUUGGCACGAGCGCUGUGUGCGGUGCGCCGCGUGCGGAGAUGCGCUCAGGAACUCCUGCUUUCUGCUGGAGCGCAAACUUUACUGCAAGAGAGACUAUUCGAGCCUGUUUGCGGUUCACUGUGGGGGCUGUGCAGAGGCCAUCUCCCCCUCAGAGCUGGUGAUGCGCGCCGGAGCUGCUGUGUUCCACCUGAGCUGCUUCACCUGCAGCGUUUGCUUCCACCACUUGAAGACCGGAGAUCGCUGCAUCCUUCAAGACGGGCGGCUGCUGUGUGCUCGAGAGGACUACCACCAGCUUCAGGCCAGCCCGCCGUCCUCGGACAUUGGUAAAAGUGGUGAUGAUGAAGAGGAGGAACCGUCUGCGAAGGUCAUGGACAAGCCAGGCCGAUCACAUGAUCAGGAGAACAAACGUCCGAAGAGGCCGCGCACGAUCCUGACCACGCAGCAGAGGCGCACCUUCAAAGCGUCCUUCGAGGUUUCAUCCAAGCCUUGCCGGAAGGUAAGAGAGACCUUGGCAGCAGAGACCGGUCUGAGUGUGCGGGUCGUGCAGGUCUGGUUCCAGAACCAAAGAGCCAAAAUGAAGAAACUGGCCAGGAGACAGCAGCAGGAUCAGCAGCAAACAACCCAAGAAUGUUGUGAACGUCCAUCUCACCACACAGCGCCCUCCUGUGGCAGUUUGACCUCUGAGAUCAAGCGUGUGGAAUGCUCCUUCACUCCUCAGCUGCAGCAGAUGGUGCUCACCACGCUGGAACAGCAGGACUGGGACGCAGACCCCUUCAGGCAGGGCCUGACCCCACCUCAGAUGCCAGGAGACCACAUGCACCCCUACGGGCUUAAGGUCUUGUACGGAGACAUGGACAGAGAGCCUCUGUGUUGUGCGUCUGACAGUGAGUGCCUCUCUCUGGGCGACUCCUCUCCACUCACUCCUAUUGACCGACUCUACUCCAUGCAGGAUUCAUACUUCACCUCUUGAGGGGUGAGUUGGCGUAAUGGGAAGCGUGACAGACAGCGGAAAGAGCUCUCAUCUCCAAAGUGCUUGGGUACUUCAACGAAUGGAUGUCAAAAAGGGACAUGAUAAUGCUGGGAUGCAGCAACACGUGCACCUCCGUGGAAAUGUUGCUGCGUUGCUUCUGAUGCUGUGAAGUUAGCGUCGUAUUCUGUGCACGGAAAGAGCCUCUCUGCCGAUUUGUUAGAUUCUGCAGGAAAGUCGCUGUGUUGUCUUGUAAAAAGCUGAAUUUGUAUUUAUUCUCAUAAUGUGUCUGAUGAUUUUCUUGACUUAAAAUAAAAUAAAAAAAC